GUUUAGGGAAGGAGGAGGGUAGGUCGGUGGAUUGGCUGGUCGCCCAGUCAAUAAUUCAGUCAGUCGUCAGCUGCCUCCGGUGGGUUCACAUGAGAACAGCACGGGUGAGAGCGACACUCGCGAGAGGCAUUUGAGAUAUGAAAAAGCACACACCCUCUCGCAGAUUCGCAAAUACUAAAGCUGCAAAAAUACGUACCUCCCGGGACAUAUUUUGUGGUCUCCAGAAAUGUCCGCGGGACUACGUUUUCAGAAUGAGCCUGGGUUGAAUAUUAUAGCCUUGAGAGUGAUCUCUGGACCAGUACAAAACCUUCAAUUGAACAGAACACACUAACAAUGUAACAAGCACUGUAGAUUUCUUCAGAAAUGUAAACAUGUAGUCACGUUUUACAUGCUUGCCUCUUGAGUCUGAAACACUUUUUUUUCUCACAGUAAUAAGACUGCAGAACAUUUGAGCUCAACUCUUGCAAGGCAAACGAAAACCCACAAAAGAGCAAAGGUAAACCAUCCUGUUCAUUGCUUUCAUGUUUUCUGUAUUAGUGUGUUACAAAUUCAGUUGGUCUAGCUAACAAUCAUCACAUAUGUAGUGUAGUAAUAAAUAACUUAAAGAAAAGAAGAGGCUAUCUUACUAUAAAAGUAAAGCUGUGUUUGGGCAGAUCAUUAAAAGUGCUUUUAAGUGGUCGGUGUGUGCAGACUCAGAGUGUGUCAAACCACAUGCUAACACCACUGCUCAGCUGUUAUGACUACCUAAGCUGUUCAUGUUGUAACUGGUUAACUAUUCACAUAGAAUAUUGUUCAGCCUAAUUAUUUAUUUUGUGCCAAUACAGCACUUUGAGCCAUUUAAAGUGGAGUGUUGCACUUUUCUUCUUAUAAAUAGAGAGAACAUUUUAGUACUGUAACUUCCUCUUAAAACGUGCAGCAUGGUGAGAGCCAAUCGAUUCAUUGCUACUGCAGUCAGUAUGAAACUAGUCUGCAGUCUGCAAAAGACCCUACCCCACUUAACCUAUAUAGGAAAACCAAUAGCCUGAAAAAAAAAAAAACUAUAAUACAUCAUGAUUUUUUGACUGAUCUCAUACGAUUCGAUCUUAUCUGAUCUCAACUUCCUUUCUUCGUUUGGAAGGUCACAGGGAAACACCACAAUCCCACAAUCUCAGAACUCUUCUAGAUCGCUGAUCAUGAGUUCUACAGCUGGCUUGUUAAGUCAGAACUCCUCUAGAUCGCUGAUCAUGAGUUCUACAGCUGGCUUGUUAAGCAUCACUGCACAGUCUCUGUGGACUGAAAUGGAAAACAGCAGCAUCCCUGAUCUGAAUAUUCAUACAUCUUACAUACCAAACAUGGAUGAGCCAGUUAGCGAUCAGCCAACUACCCCUGCUCAUUACAGUUAUGAUGAUUACUACAACUCUGUUGAUCCUGACUCAGCACCCUGUGUUUAUCCAGCACAUGGAGCUAGCAUCCUCCCAGUCUUAUACUCCCUGUUUUUUGUGGUGGGCUUUCUGGGUAACGCUCUGGUUAUCUGGGUGGUUUUGAUGGGUGUCAAGCUGAGAAGCAUGACUGAUAUCUGUCUCCUGAACCUGGCUAUAGCUGACCUGCUCUUGGUCUCCUCACUUCCCUUCCUGGCGCACUAUGCCAGAGACCAGUGGAUCUUUGGUGAUCAUAUGUGCACUAUGGUGCUCAGUGUCUACCACAUAGGAUUCUACAGUGGGAUUUUCUUCAUUGUAAUGAUGAGCGUCGAUCGAUACCUUGCUGUAGUUCAUGCUGUGUUCGCCUUGAAAGUCAGAACAAAGACAUACGGGAUCUUAGCUAGUUUAGUCAUAUGGGUCGCUGCUGUCACUGCAUCCUUUCCCGAGUUGAUACACCUCAAAACCACAGUUACAAAUAAUCAAACUCUUUGUGCGUCUUAUCCGACAACUGAUCAAUGGUCGUAUCAUGAUUCAAAGACAGCCGGAAUCUUUAAAAUGAACGUCAUAGGUUUAAUCCUCCCACUUUCUGUGAUAGGAUUCUGUUACUCGAUGAUUCUCAUCAAACUGCUGACCGUUCGCUCAUCCAGGAGGCAGGCCAUGCGUCUUGUCGUGGUGGUGAUGGUGGUCUUCUUCUGCUGCUGGGCUCCAUAUAACAUCGCAGCUUUUUUUAAAGCCUUGGAGCUGAAAAAAGUCUUAACUCAUUCCUGUGAAAGCAGUAAGGCGAUCACUUUAAGUCUGCAGAUCACAGAAGCUGUGGCGUACUCACAUAGCUGUGUGAAUCCGUUUCUCUAUGUGUUCGUGGGAGAGAAAUUUAGAAAGCAUCUUUUCAGACUUCUGAACAGGACACCGUUCAGCAGACUGCAGUUCAUGAAGAGUUAUAUCAUACAGGCCACAGGAUCUGUUUAUUCACAGACAACUAGCAUGGAUGAGAGAUCUUCAGUCGCAGUCUAAGCCCCAAUCCCAAUUCUAUCCCCUUAGCACUUCCCCCGUUCCCGUGAAGAGGUAGGAGUGUCCCAAUUCACUUCAGCUUGAAGGCGUGGGGCUAAGGGGAAGGGGUAGAUGCCCCUUUGAACAGAGAUUUUUCAGGGGCACACUCGAAACCAAAGGGUA